ACUAGUUUAAUCUCUCUACAAGUGUCAAAUUUGUUAAUUUAAUGGUUUUGAAACAUGUAAACAAUUAGCAAUGUAGGUUAAAACAACUGAAAAAGGGACUCUAUUGUGACCACUUCUAAAUGCAGCAAAUAGGUUAGCAGAUUUUCUCGAAUCUUUUGAAUAAAAAACGAGUUUGAUUAUCUCGUUGCUUACUAAUACUUUAGAAAGACCAAUUGAUAGUGUAUCACAGUAAGAAAACCAUUCUACCCUGCUCGACUAUAUUCUACAUUAGCUAGCGAAGCUAACGCGGUGAACAACAGUGAUGUGUCGUUCACGAACGAGUCGGCUCUUUGAGUCGGCUCUUUCAGGGGAAAGUUAGAGAGCCGACUCGCAUUAAGGAGCCCCCUUUUUGGUUAAAAGACAAAAGUUAUUUCGCCCCCUCAUUAUUCCCAGUUCUUAUCCGUAUUUUCAAUACGGACCACCGCUACUUAUUCUGAUUUUUGACACAAAUCUGCCUUUUCUUUUGAAUGAAGAGCCGUUUGGGAGCAGAAGGCGUCGACUCUUAUUGGUGAGCUGAACCGUCUGCCGCAACACCAUCACUAGUAAACACCAAUAGCGCCGUGGAGCUUUUAAAAAACCUCCACCUCUUGUGAGAGACCACAAAUGGCGUCACGGAGUCCUUCUGCUGAACGUGCAAGAGAUGGCGACUUUCUUAUAAUCACAAAAAUACUCGUUUCACUGAAAUCAGCGCCGGGAAAUGACCCACUGAUCCUCACUGAGGAGGCUUAUAGAACACAGAACUUCUGCCAUCAGCCCUUCAUGGACCACGACUAACGUGACUGAAAAUGGAGUCUGUGAUGGCGCUGCUGCUGGCUGCUCUGCUGAUUGUUCUUUCUACCUGGAUCUGGAGAAAGAGAGGCCUAAAUCAGCCUUUGAGCACUCAACACAAUGCAGCUCGCUCUCAUUUUCUAACAGCUGUGCUUAAGAAUGGUUCCCUUUCAGUGCAGGGAGCGCUGGAUCAGAGUCCUGCCACUCCUUCUGCUGGAUGCUCUGUUGUUUUGAAUGCAGAUCAUGGCACCAGUGUAACCGCUCCUACAGUCAACAGCAACAACUUCUAUGGCCCAUCUGUUUUUAGCUUCAGCACGAAUGCUGCCAACACUGAUUUGACAGAAGCAGACAAAUCAAAGAAACAAUCAGAAGCAAGUGUUCUCAAACAAAUUCUGGAGACUCACAAAGCCAACCUGAAGGAGAAAAUAGAGUAUAUUUUUGAGGGUAAAAGUGAUGUAAAAAAUAAGACACGUCUGAAAAAGGUGUACACACAGCUCUUCAUCACAGAAGGGGAACUCAAAGAAGUCAACAGUGAACACGAGAUACUGAGAAUUGACAAAGCUUUCAGGAUGCAAAAAUGUCAGGACAUUCCAAUCAAAUGUAACGACAUCUUCAGUUUACCAUGGAAAAAUGAAGAGAACAAGGUUGUGCUGACCAAAGGCAUUGCUGGCAUUGGAAAAACAGUCUCUGUACAUAAAUUCAUUCUUGAUUGGAUUGAAGGAGAAGCAAACCAGGAUAUAGACUGCAUAUUUUUUCUUCCAUUCCGAGAGAUUAAUUUAAUUAAACCUGGAGAGUACAGUCUUCAUGAGCUACUUCAGGAAAUACACCCUGAGCUGGAAGAACUGAAGGAAACAAAAAUGUAUGAGGCCUGCAAGCUUGCAUUCAUUUUUGAUGGGCUUGAUGAAUGUCGAUUUCCUCUAGAUUUCAGUAGUAGCAAUGUAAGAAGCAUAAAAAAGAAAGCAACUGUGAAUGUACUAAUUACAAAUCUCAUUCGAAAAGAUUUGCUUCCUUCUGCCCUAAUCUGGAUCACCUCCCGACCAGCAGCAGCCAAUAAAGUCCCUUUACAGUAUGUGAGCUUAUUCACAGAGGUGCGAGGGUUCACUGAUAAACAGAAAGAGGAAUACUUCAAAAAGAGAAUACCAGGUGAGACUGAAGCCUCUAAAAUCAUCUCCCAUAUUAAGACCUCUCGGAGCCUGUACAUUAUGUGUCACAUCCCUGUCUUCUGUUGGAUCACUGCUACUGUGCUUCAGGCAAUGCUGUUGGAAAACCAGGGAGAAGACAUUCCCACCACGCUGACUGAAAUGUACAUUCACUUUCUGCUCAUACAGAUGAACAUGAAGAACCAAAAAUAUGACCAGAAAGUCGAGCGAGACUUGAAGAAGCUCCUGCAAUCAAACAGAGGAGUAAUUUUGAAACUAGCAAAGCUGGCAUUUGAGCAACUGAAAAGGGAGAACGUAAUGUUCUAUGAAGAUGAUCUGAGGGAGUGUGGUAUUGAUGUCACAGGAGACUCUGAGUACACCGGAAUGUGCACAGAGAUCUUCAAGCAGGAAACUAUACUUCAUGAGGAGAAGGUCUUUUGCUUUAUACAUCUGAGCAUUCAAGAGUUUCUUGCUGCACUUCAUGUUUUUUACUGCUACCUGAACAAGGACAGGGAUGAGCUGCAGUUUCUGCUUGAGGGUCCAGUUCCUGAAGCAUUACUUUCAUUGUGGAUUCUCCAAAAAAACUUGUCCUUAUAUUACCUUCUGAUGAAGUCAGUUGACAAAGCUUGGCGGAGUCAGAGAGGAUAUCUGGAUCUUUUCCUGCGUUUUCUGCUGGGCAUCACUCUAGACUCCAAUCAGAAACUCCUCAAAGGCCUGCUAGAACAAACAGAGGAUAGCAAAGAGACUGUCAAGAAAUCGAUUAGAUACAUUUCAAAAAUACAAAGGAAAGAUAUAUCAGCUGAAGCAUCCAUCAACCUCCUGUUCUGCUUGCUUGAACUAAAGGACCGCACCUUAUUCAAAGAAAUCCAAACAUACCUUAGUUCAGAGGAAACUCCAGAAACAGAACUCUCACUUUCAGUCUGCUCAGCUUUGGUCUACAUAGUUCAGAUGUCAGAGGAGAUUCUGGAUGAGUUCAAUCCAAGGACAUAUAAUACAUCAAAUGCAGGCUGCAGGAGGCUGGUCCCAGCAGUGAGAUGCUGCAGAAAAGCUCUGUUUAAUAGCUGUGGACUCACUGAACAGUGCUGUGAGACUGUGGCUUCAGCCCUGCAGUUACCAAAUUCCCCCCUUCGAGAGCUGGACCUCAGUAACAACUCACAGAUGGAUGCAGGAGCAAAGCUGCUUUCUGAAGGAUUAAUGAGCCCACAGUGUAAGCUGGAGAAUUUAAGCUUGGCGAGUUGCCAUUUCAGCACAGAACACUGUGAAGUUAUUGCAUUGGCUGUAAACUCUGCCUCUUCAACCCUGAGAGAACUAGAUCUGAGCUAUAAUGACCUGCAGGAUUCAGGAGUGAAGCUUCUCUGUGAUGGAUUUAAAACCUCUGACUGUAAACUUGAGAAAUUAAGAUUGGGCUGGUGUAAACUGUCUGCAGACAGCUGUGAGAUGCUGACUUCAGUAUUUAGCUCCAGUUCACCACUGACAGAGUUGGACCUGAGUAACAAUGACCUGCAGGAUUCAGGAGUGAAGUUCCUCUCUGCUGGACUGGAGAGUCCAAGCUGUAAACUGGAGGUACUGAGGUUGUGUGGGUGUCUAGUCACAGAGGAAGGCUGUUCAUAUCUGGCUUCAGCUCUUACUUCAAAAACCUCUUUCCUGAGAGAUUUGGAUCUGAGCUAUAACCACCCAGGUGAAUUGGGGAUAAAACUGCUCACUGACAAACGGGAGGAUCCACAGUGUAGAUUGGAGAAACUGAAUAUGCAUAGAGGCAGACAGUGUAGGAUCAAAUCAGGUCCAAGAAAAUAUGCCUGUGAAGUCACUUUAGACCCAAAUACAGCACACCAAAAUCUUCGUCUAUCAGAGGGAAACCAAACAGCAACUCGUGUGUUAGAACUACAGGGUUAUGAGUUACAUCCAGAAAGAUUCCGUCAGCGUAUUUAUGUGUUGUGUAGAGAAAGCUUGUCUGAUCGCUGUUAUUGGGAGGCUCAGUUUAGCGAAGAUUUGACAGGCGUGGCACUGACGUAUAAAGGAAUUCAGAGAGAUGGAAGGGGUGAUGACAGUACAUUUGGAAGCAAUGGAAUGUCCUGGCAGUUGGAAUGUUCUGGUAGCGGGUCUACUUACUAUGCAUCUCACAAUAACAAUAGAACUGAGAUUUCUGCCCCUUCCAUUUACUCAAACAGAGUAGGAGUAUAUCUGGACUGGCCAGCCGGCAUUCUGUCCUUCUACAGCGUCUCCUUGGACACACACGCACUGACCCACAUACACACUUUCUACGCUAAGUUCACUGAACCCCUAUAUGCAGGGUUUACUUUUGGGAAUGUUGGCUCAGUAAUAUCUUUGUGUUAAGAAGCAGGAAAACUAAUAUUUAGCAUUUAAAUAUCUUACUGAUAUGCCCACUAUAACCAAUUAAUGGUAAUAUAAUAUAACAUAGCCAAUUACUGCUGCAAUAUUUAUAAGUAAUUUCAUUGAAUUAUUUUUGCUGGGCUGUCGGUUUUGGGUCUUACUAAAACAAUGACCUAAUAGGUGAAAUAACACAGGCAUGACUUCUAUUUGAGCUAGCUGUGCCUUCAGCUGGAAUUUUUCCUUGUGCUAUGUAAGCAGCUUUAUUUAGCUGUACAUGCACCAGAAUAUGAACUGGAAUAAUAUUUUGUGUUUUGGUGGUUAUUUUUAUGGAGUAAGAUUACUGUUAAAAAAGGUACAAAAACAUAUUCAUUGUACACAGAGGUUUGUUUUCAUACAUUCACACACAGAUUAAAUCACGCAUAAAAAUAUUAUGUCAUAAUGGUGUGUGUGUUUUGGAAGAAUACAAUUUUAAAAUCUAUACAAAAUCUAUACUGUACCCUCCACAAAUAUUGGCACCCCUGGUAAUCAUGAGCAAAAUGAGCUGUUCACUUAUCCUUUUGAUCUUUCAUUAAAAUAUCUAACAUUUAUUUAAUGAUGAUUGAAAAAAAAAAAACAAGUCUUUUUUUUUCUUAAAUCUGUGUGCCUCAAUUAUCAAUAGAGUCUGGCUGCAGACAUGCACUCUCAACCAGAUGCAGUCUCAGCCCCAGUGAUGUCAUGUGCACAUACACUCUCUGCCACAAUUUCAUCACUUAAUCCAUUUUUCGUCCAUAACAUGGCUAGAGAGUUACAUUUAAUGUACCCCCCUGUUGAAAAAAAGCAAAGAACCCAUUUAAAGUGUUGUUGGUUCCUGGUGGUUUUCAGUAGUUGCUAAUGGUAUUCUGUGUUUUCCUGAUGGGUUGAUAUCACAGUGUAAAGGAUUCUGAUUGUUUAGUCAGGUGUUUUGGGACUGAUUCCACAUACAUUUGAUUGUUUCCUAAUGGCCUCUAACGGUAACCAUCAAGCCAGUUCCCAUUAGGAUGCAAAACCAUCAGGUUGUGACAACGUACUGUUUUGGUGCCCACAAUGUUGUCUGCUUGGUACUCUCUACACUGUCACAACGUUGAAAUAAGUGUAAUUCCUCAGAAAGUUAUGACAACGUUGUUUGACAACUUUCUAGGAGGUUGUGACGACGUUGACGACACAGCAAAAUUAAUCGAUACUACGUUGACUAUGUUGUCACAACCUCCUAGAAUCAUUAAAAAGUUCUAUUUUAAUCAAUAUUACAGUUUUGAUAACCGGUUCUAAUCACCUUCAGUAUGGCUUUCAUUAGUUUCAGUAGCCUUUUUGUUUUUUCUGUGAAUAGACCUGACAUUUAUGUCUUAUCGUCGUGGCAGGUUUUAUUUCGAAAGUUUCCAUGUUUAAUUACCUUAUUAUCAGUAUGGCAACAUUAAUAUACAUUCAGUGUAACUGUUGUUGUUUUUCUUCAUAAAACCGACAAAAACACUGUCGUGGCAAAGCGUGCACUGAUGUCAUCAAUAGGCUGGCGGUGCAUGUCAGGCUGAGAGUGCCUGUCUGCAGCCAGACCCUUCUCUCAAUUAUCGGCACCCCAAAAUAUUCUUAAGAGUGAAAUCUAAGUGGAGCAUAUUCCCAUUUAUAUUUUAUGUUUUUUAAGUUCACCUGAGCGAUUAGGGAUAUAUAAAUGAUCCGCCAAGAUGUCCUGAUUCACUAGGGAAUAUAUACAAGAUGAAAAUUCUCUCAGUCAUACAUUGUUAUGAGACAGAUGAGGUACCAGAAGAAAGCUUCUGCCGUCAAGGACCAACAAACUGAAGCUCCUACAGUUUGCCAGACAUUACUGGAACCUUCAGUGGGACUGUGUUCUGUAAGACCAAAAUAGAGGAUUUUGGCAACAAACACCAGAGAUGAGUUUCACGUAGUUACUAAGACAGCCAUGCAGUAAGUACCUCAUCCCAGUAUAGUGCUGGAUCUGUGAUGUUGUGGGGCUGUUUUUCUUUUAAAGGCCUUGGACAAAUUAUUCAGAUACAUGGUAUCACAGACUUUACCAAGAACCAGCAGAUAUUAAAUCGAAACCUGACUUCCUCAGCCAGGAAGCUUAAACUGGGCCAUAGUUUGGAUCUUCCAGCAGGACAAUGAUUCAAAACAUGCCUCAAAAUCAAUACAAAAAUGGUUUUGCCUUGGCCACCCCUGAUCUAAACCUCAUAGAAUGCCUGUGGGCUGAGCUCAAGAGGAGAGUCCACAGGUUAAGGAGAGGUUCUGUAUGGAGGAACGGUCUCAGAUGAUUUUAUAUGUGUUCUCCAGUAUCAUUAAGUAUUAUAGGACAAGAUUUUAAUCUUCAAUCAUUGUACUUCAAGAAAUGUUUUUGUUAAUAUUUGGAAUGAAAGAUCAAAAGGAUAAAUCCAUACAGUAUGUUUUUACAGCCUGUUUCCCUCAUGUUUCCCAGCAGUGCCAGUAUUUGUGGAGGGCACUGUAUAAAGAUUUACACAUACAACUUCAACUAUUACAGGUAUGAGCUCUUAGUUAUGAAUAUGGAUCGAAAAGCAAGAAAUGACAUACUAGCCUGAUGAUUUUUCAUUUGUCUUUAAAGGGAACCUAUUAUGCUCAUUUUCAAUGUUCAUUAUUUUCUUUUUCACUGGACACUAUUCAAAAAUAUAUUCAAUGUUUAUGACUCCAAAUGACCAAAAAAAAAUCUUUUUUUUCUCCUUUCUUUUUCUUUUUUCCCACCACAUUUGUAGAUCCUUGGUAAUGUACUUGUAUAUUUUUGUGUUAUGUGUUGUGUAGUGCAUCCCUUGGUCUAUAUGUACUCAAUAAAAAAAAUAAAAAAUCAAAAGACUGUCGAAAAUACAUCAUUGGGGUCAAAGGCCAAAUCAAACUAGAAUAGAUUUACAGGCUCCAGUGCUCCAAAAACACAUUGUUGUAUUCAUACUGUACAUCUAUAUUCUCCCUCUGUCUGAAAUACUCUAUUUGAGCUUCUAUGUCUUUAAGUCCUUCUUCCAGCACCAUGUGUGCUCUGAUUGGUCAAUUCGACCACUCUGUUCUGUUCUGUUCUGUUUGCUAAAUCACUAGAGCAGUUGAAAGGGGUUUCGUCAUCCUGCCGAGCACACUGUAAAGUGUUUUGAGGGAACAGUGGAGGGAACCAUCGUAAAAAUGAAUUUCAACCCUGACUUGUUUGUUGUUCUACCUUUGGCAGAGCAUACAAUGGAGAAUCUUUUUUUUUUUAAUUUUGGGUUUUUUUUUUCUAAAGGUAGGCCAUCAAUAAAGGCAAACUGUAAAAUACUAUGAUGUUGACUUGGGUCAAAGUCCGUAACGCAGCUUUAUUUUUAAUUUGCUGAAAAUGGCGACAAACACGGUGAGAAGGAACAGCCUUUCCAGCGCUAACAGCUAAAAACACAGCCCUCUGCUCUACUCCAGAAAACCCACCACUCCACCCACAUUCAGGCCCCUGAAAAGUCUUUGUGUGAAUGAAACUAAAGUAGAUCAAUAAAGACAUUUCUUCUCUUUGAAAAACUGAACUACUUUCUGCCAAUUUUGGACCUCGAGUUAGACCAACAAAAGUGGUUUCGGUGGGAGAGAGUUUCUCCUUCUGGCGUGUACGUUAGACUUCAUGACUUUGCAGACCUUAACAUGCACAAAAAGGUACAGAACACAUUAAAGGAAAGGGAAAACCAGAAACGCAUGAUAGGUCCCCAUUAAAGAUGUUAAAUUAUGAGAAAGGGAAAAUUUUAUAAUAAAUAUAAUUUCAUUGGUACCAAACCUUUCUUUCUCGCUUUCGAGAAUGAACUUGAUUAAUACGUGGUCACUGGACACUAUUCAAAAAUAUAUUCAACGUUUAUGACUCCAAAUGACUAAAAAAUGUUUUCUUUUUUUUUUCUCCUUUCUUUUUCUUUUU